CACCCUCCCUCUUUCUAAUUUGCUUUCAUUACCAUUUCCUUUCAAGGCUGAGAGUUCUCCUCUUUUCCCAGGCUCUUUGGCUGAAGCAGCAAAGAUAACUUUGACUUCAGCACAAGGCAACGACUGCUGCUCCUAAGGACUUUUGGACGUUGACUGCAUUGAAAUGAAAUCACUCCAGAUUCUACUCCUCCCCGUUCUACUGGUCAACUUCUCCAACCAAUUAGAAGACAACAAGAUACCGCCCAGUCUGUGUACGGGACACCCAGGUAUCCCAGGCACCCCUGGGUUGCACGGAGGUGCUGGCCAACCAGGAAGAGAUGGGAGGGACGGGCGUGAUUCUGCCCCAGGGGAGAAGGGAGAGAAGGGAGUCGGGGGAGAGCCAGGUGACGCAGGCUUUAGGGGCCUCACUGGAGACCAGGGGAACCCUGGAGAUAAAGGAGACAUGGGGCAGUCGGGGGAAUGCGCCAUCGCUCCCAAAUCAGCCUUCAGCGCCAAGUUGUCCGAGGGUCGCACCAAGCCCGUGGCGGCGGAAGACGCUGUGCGCUUUGACAAGGUAAUACUCAACGAGCAGGGCGACUACGACAUGGAAACAGGACGUUUCACCUGCAAAGUGCCCGGCGUCUACUACUUUGCGGUCCACGCCACCGUCUACCGGGCCAGCCUGCAGUUUGACCUGAUGAAAAACGGUCACACGAUGGCGUCGUAUUUCCAGUUCUAUGGGAACUGGCCCAAGCCAGCGUCUUUGUCCGGGGGCUCGCUGCUGCACCUCAUCCCGGGCGACCAGGUGUGGGUACAGAUGGCGUUGGGAGAGUACAGUGGCUUCUACUCCAGCUCUAAGACUGACAGCACCUUCACUGGCUUCUUGGUGUACUCGGACUGGAAAAACUCUGCUGUCUUCGCCAAGGGCGAAGGGGUGUAGACAUGUGGGGGACCAAGUUUAGUGUGGGGGCUGGGGGGACCUCCCUCAGAAAAUAUUUGAAAAUUUUAAACAAAUUUACUGCCAUUCUACAUGACUCGUGGCUUCUUUAGGAGGUUAUUCGAAAACUCUGGUCUUUGCAUAAACACAUUAAGCAGUAGGCUAUGGCACAUACCAUACUGAUGAGUUAUGAUGAGGAAUCAGGUGAACUGUCGUGCUUUCAGCUGUGCUUCAGGUUAGCCUUUCGACUGCCGCUGUGUGAUGGUGAAUCGUUUUAACGGACGACCUGACGGUGGCCCUGUACAGUUUUUGAUCUACAUGCAUCAGUUGGUAGGAAUUAGCAACAUCAGAAGGUUAUAUAUCCAGUUUAGUGGUGGAGAGGUAAAGAGGAUUCAAGAAGGCGUCAUACAGGUAUGUGAGCUGUUUAGGGCUUCCAACUGUGACAUCACUGACUGAUGUCAUGGUACUUAGUAUUUUGUUCCAAAAAAAUGAGUUGGAAAGUAUUCAAACGAAAGCCCUAAAAUAGGCUUUUCACAAUCGUUUAACUUAUCUGUCUGUGCAACCCUCAGUUAUGUCACCAAUAAAAUUGUCAA